GGUGGGGUUUUUUGUUUUUUAGCCAAAUAUGCUGGCUUCGUCGAUCUUUUAUGAAGAUGGUCGGUCAUAUUGGAACUUCAAGCUGAUUGAAGUGUCUUCAAGACAUAACAGGAAUCUACGACCAGAGACCACACUCGAAUCAGUCGAGUGGCGGCUUACGUGCCGCGACACUACUGAUACUCAUAGUAUAUUUAAGUGGGCAUUUCCAUGGAACCACCGUACAUAUUGAAUCUAUCUAUCUAUCUAUUGAAGCUUGACAAAUGUAUGUAUUUACAUGAGACAACGAUAUUUAUAGUGGAUGUUCCAUAAUAGUCGCAUAAAUUGCAGAAAUCAAAGCAAGCUCAUUGCCCAAACGGACCGCGAUGCGCUGGAAUUCAGAGCACACGGACCUUUUUUCUUUGCUACUUAUAAGACAUAGACAUAGUUAGUUUAUCGAGUAAAGGAAUGGGAAUCUCUUACAAUUUUCAAUACAUUUUUUGAUCUACAGUAGGCUAUGUAAUAGUUUUGUUUUUGCUUAUAUAGUAUAUUUCCCAUUUUAUUUCAUUAUCAAACAGAGAGUCGACACGUUCACAUCACAUCACAUACUUGUCAGUAAUUUUUCUCGGUUACAUUUUUGUAAUCCAAGCAACACUGCCACAUCUAUCAUCGGCAUACUGGUACUGGUGGCUUGGGAGAGUGAGUUUGACAGAUCGGUUUAAUCCAAAAUGUCGACAAACAGCAGCCCUUCCACAACCGGAGCCCUGGCAGCCCAUUCGGAUACAAGACGAUGGUAGAACUGAUGCUGGCUCGUGAUAUUGGACAGUGGUCUGAAAUGUUCGACUUAUCCACUUGUACACUUUAUUCGUGAUAUUUCUGAUGCUGAUGCCUGGCUCGAGGCACAUCUUCAAUACCAUAUGUUCUAUAAGUAAUUCUGAAACGUAAAUAAAUCUCGAUUCAAACAAAAAACCUAACGAAUUUUGUAUACCACUUCCGUUUUGGCAUCCGUUUCUGAUUGACAUGCGGUUUUUCUGGUGAAGUGUCAUUUCUGAUAAGACGAAGCUGGUGAGUCCUUGGCAGGCUGGUGAAACCUAAGGAGAGCAUGGCUUAUGCCACCAAAGUGGCGUCAGGAGUAAAGCGUUCAUUUGAGAAUCACAGUAUGAAAUUAAUGCUGAAUCUGUUAACAAAAUGCAGUUUGAGUCAGACAUACAAGGGCGAACAUGCCACCGGAAGUUUGUCUCCACAUUCCAACGCCAAUGAAAACCACGAAAUGAAUCUUUACAAUCUAUCAUUCAAAGGAAAAACUAGAUCUGGACGGUCUAUAGCACAUCAUACUGUGUUUCAACAAACCUUGUGAGGCAAAUGCGAUAGUGCCCAACGAUGAUGUUGAGGAACUAGGGACUGUUGGAGGCAUAACAGAGGCAGGCUUGUCUCUCUCUUGCUUUUAUAGUCUCUCAGAACUGAGAAUUCCAAAGAAGAAGGACAGAAAUAUCGGCUGAUAUUGAUACAGAUAUAAGGGGUUGGAAACGAUUCCUUACACUCGAAUUUACGAUGCCCCUUACUACUCGUUGACACAAUUAAAUACCGCGAUAUAUCUCAACUGGUGCCAGUCUACAAGUCGCGGGCCUUGGAUCUUUUCACUUUCAUGUUCGAAUAUUGGAGUUUUUGGAACACAGAAAAGGCAUGUAGGUGGGAGCUUUGUUUAUGCUGGCGGUUCUGGGAUUGUAAUUGUGGCAAGAAUGCCAUCCACUGUGUUUAUAGAGAGCAAAUCGGAUUGCUUUGAUUUUCGACCUUUGGGUGUGGGAAUCAACGCGUCCGACUUUGAUGGUUGACAAACAUUGGCAUUUUCUGGUAGCAGUGGGGCAUGCCCCAUGCCCCGCCAUACAUUCAAUUUGGCAGUUAUCGCUGCCAAAUGGUCGUCUGUGUUUGCCCAGAGCCAAUAUGAUUAGCGCUGAUGACCGGACCUGCACUACGGAAUGGGAAUGGAAUUGAAAUUGCAAGUACCAGUGCAGCGCCGCCCCUGACCUGCUAUAAAUGCACGGGGACCUGGCCGUCCCGGGCUAGUGCACCAUGAAGGCAUUGACGGACAGCAAGCGACGCCUCAGCUUGUCCUCCAACUUCAAUGAUGACGACCAAGAUGAGGACGAUGAGACCAUGUGCAGCGGCACAGCCGUCAAGCGGAGCAUUGUCUACUACCUGAAGAACAGCACUCUUCAUGGGCUCAAGUACAUCGCCGAGGAGAGCAUUACCAUUCCAGAGCGGGUCUUCUUUGGGAUCGCCUUCGUUCUGGUGGUGAUCCUGUCGGGCUUCUUUAUAUCGAACGUGUACGUCAAGUGGAGCGCCUCGCCCAUCAUUAUCUCGACGAGCGCCAAGCAGAAGCUGACCAGCAACAUGCCCUUUCCGGCCAUCACCAUCUGCAACCUGAACCAGGCCCUGCUUAGCCGCGUGCAGCGCAUCUCGCGCUCCAGCAGCAACUUCUCCCUGCUGAUGGGCCUCUGCGACCAGGGCGGAGACCUGACCAUCUCCUACAUCGGCACCUGGAAGUACUUCAAGGCGAUACUGGUGGAGGUGGCCCAGCCGUGCGACGAGAUGCUGCUCUACUGCAGCUUCGGCUCGCGCCAGGAACAGUGCAGCAUGCUGUUCAACUCGAUUCUCACCGACGACGGCCUGUGCUGCAACUUCAAUGCCCUGGACCCCUCGUACCUGAUACGCAACUACAGCGACGAUGUCCGGCUGGAGCCGCCCCAGCAGAACGGGCGCUACGAGGCCAUCGACUGGACCGCGGAGCGGGGCUACGCCAAGAAGCUGCCCGAGUUCUACUACCCCCGAACCUCGGGCGGCACCGGGAUACGCAUGGGGCUCACCGUGGUGCUGAAUGCCUCGGUGGCAGAGUACUACUGCACCAAGUCCAUGAGCGUGGGCUUCAAGGUGCUCGUCCACAAUCCCGCCGAGCUGCCGAAGGUCAGCAACUACGGCCUCAUAGUGACCGCGGGCAGGGAGGCGAGGAUACCCAUCGAGCCCGUGUACGAGGACGCCCUGCCCUCGAUUCGGUCCAUCAAGAGGUCGGUGAGGCGCUGCCUCUUCUCGGACGAGAACGAUCUGGCCUACUACCGCACCUACUCGCGCAAGAACUGCGAGCUGGAGUGCGAGGCCAAGCUGCUGCUUCGCGAGUGCAACUGCGUCCUCUACUACCUGCCGCGGAUCGACCCGGCCUCCCGGGUCUGCGGGCCGAACGACAACAUCUGCACGAAUCGCGUCCAGACGGAGAUCGAGUCCUCGCUGACGAACCUCUCCUGCGAGAACUGCUGGCCCGGCUGCUUCGAGCUCACCUACAAGGCCACCCUGUCCACGUCCUCGAUUGUGUCCGAUCCGCGGUUCCAGUCCGGCGAGAACCUGCCCGACUACAUCUUCAAGGGCGAGCACAGCAAUGCCAGCGAGCUCUCCAUUCUGCACUUCUACUACGUGACCAACACCUUUCGCAGCACCACCAAGUCCGAGAUGUUUGGCUUCACGGAGUUUCUCUCAAACACUGGCGGCCUCCUGGGCCUCUUUAUGGGCUUCAGCAUCUUCUCGGUGAUCGAGAUCGUCUACUACAUCACUGUCCGUCCGUACUGCGCCUCGCGAACACUCCACCAACGGCGCCGACGGCGCCUCGAGCACCUCCGCUGGCUGACCCCCAUUCGGGCUCCGGCCAAGCAGCUCCAACGAAGACUACGCAGACGCCGCCUGCUGCCACCUGCCUACAGCGAGCUCCAGCAGCGCCAGAUAAAGGCGCGCCAGAAGCAUACUCUCUGGCAGACUUUGCGCGUCCGGCCAGCGGACCCCGGGCCGGAGCCGCCUGUCUAUCCCUACCUGGACUAGGAUGGGGAUGGCGUUGAGGUUGAGGGAGGGAAUGUACAAUAUCCGCUGCGUUGAUUAUCGAUUUGUGGGCAUGGCUGAAAGUUGAAUGGCCACAUAAAUGGGAAUGGGAAUGGAAAUGGGCCAGAGGAAAGCAAUAAAUAAA